AUGGGUGCAGUGCCUUUCAAGCUGCGAGAUGAGGACAUCCCAGACGACUGGUCUUGUUCCCAGAACAUCUGGGACAGCGAUCACGCUUCCUGUAGUGUUCCACAAGCUCUUACUGACGAGGAGAUCGAUGAAAUUCUGGCCCUGCAGGAAGCCGUGUAUGAUGCAGCAGAAGCUGCUGCGAUGCCGGUCACCAACCAUCUUCCAGCAGAAGUGGCCAUGGAAGUGGCAUAUGAAGCAAAGGCCAGCCCAGUAGAUGAGGCCUACGGCGAUGAGGACUACACACUGGGUGGCAAGAUGGCCUAUCCGGGCUCGUCCACACCACGGGGCAGCCGCGGGAACGCCUUCUUCCGCAGGGGCGGAGGCCGUGCCAACAACCGCGUGCCCAUGCGCGGGGCCAACCGCUCGCGCGGCCGUGGCAAGCGGCCGAGCAAUGGCGACAGCAGCGGCGGCGAAAGCGACGGGGGUGGCUAUGGACCAGGCAUGGACGCCAUCAGCAACGGCAAUGGCGGCCGCGGGGGCCGACGGCGCACUAACCAGAGGCCUGUGGGCAGCGCCCAAUUGGCGGGCCGGGGUCGGGGCGGCAAUCGCGGGCGGGGCGCCGGCCGUGCGCGCGGCCGCAUCGGCCGGGGCCUCAGCCAAGCUGCUGAGGCGCUGCUGGGCAUGGGCGGCGAGUACGAUCAAGAUGAGGCCAUGACGGAUGUGGUGAUUUCCGAGGACGACGACGCGAUGUACGCAGUGGAGCCCGCCAGCGCGUAUCCUGCCGGGUCCUUCCGGCCGGGGCGAGUGAUCUGGGCCAAGGUGGAGGGGCACGACUGGUGGCCAGCACGCGUCGUCCGGCGCAGAGCCGUGCCGCGCGAGGUUGGGCCCCCGCCCGGGGGCCCCUCGCGUGUGCGCACCCACAUCCCCGUCGUCUUCUUUACAGCCAAGGGCAUUCCCGGCGAAGUGGGCGAUGACGCACACAAGCUCAGAGGCAACCCGGCAGGCGUGGACACAGAGGAAGCCGAGUAUGCGUGGCUCCCCAUCUACUGCCUGAAGCCCUUUGAGAAGGGCGACGCAGCCAAGCACGCCGUCCGGGAGGGUCAGACCGGCGAGGAUGUGAACCUGAGCGCCUGCGUGGCAGCUGCCGAAAGGGCGCUGGCCAGCAUCCUGGAGCUGCAGUACAGGCGAGCCGAGGCGCGGGGACCUGAUGAGGACGAGCCGGACAGCACUGCCGAGAGCGACUCUGACGGAGGCUGGGGAGGUCCUCCUAGACAGAUUGAGUCGGCGGCAACUCGCAGCCGGGGUCGCGGCGGCCGCGGUCGGCGGGGACGGGGGCGCGGCGGACGGCGGGGCGGCCGGGGCAGCCGGCGCGGCUCGCGCGGCUUUGACGACGACGGCAGUGGCUCCGAGUCGGACCUGCCGGCCUCGCAGCAGGGCGAUCCUUACCAGACAGGCGCUGCCGAUGCCCUGCCGGGCCAGGCCGCCGCACCUCUGAAGAUGAGCGUCGAGCAGAUCUACGGCUGGAGAUGGCCGGCCGCAGAGGAGCCCGCUCCCGACAGGCACGCAUUCAGGCCGAAGGAGGAGCAGGGUGACGAGGAGCCUAAGGCCGAGGAGAAGCAGGAGGAGGGGGAUGGCAAUGAGAGCGGCCUGGACGAGCUCAUGCUACUGGCAGGCUCGCGCCGGCUGUCUGAAGAGCCGGACAGGGCGGGAGACGGGGAGGCUGGCGGCACACCACAGCGCGAGGGCCCCACCGAGGAGGAGCCUCAGUCCAGGGACGAAGAUGAGGACAUGGCGCAGGAGGAGGCCGACGCCGUUGCAGCGCUCAUGGCUGCCGCAUCAGGUGACAUCCGCAGCGAGGCGGCUGCGGACGCAGAUGACCAGUCACCUCCAGAGCCAGUGCGGGAGGCGGAUUUCCUGGUAAAGUGGGUGGGCAAGUCACACGCGCACAACGAGUGGGUGGCUGAGUCGGUGCUGGCGCGGCUGGCCAAGCGCAAGCUGGCCAACUUCAAGCGCCGCCACGGCGCGCAGCCCUGCUGCCUGGCCGAGGACUGCUGGUCCAUCCCCGAGCGCCUCGUCGCACGGCGUCCCUCCCCAGUCGGCCCCGGCUGGGAGGUCCUCGCCAAAUGGACCGGCCUCGGCUACGAGCACAGCACCUGGGAGGCGGAGGGAGAGGGCGUUUUGUUGCUUCCGGAGUACCAGCCGCUGCACCAGGGGCUAUGGUCGCGCCAAAGCGCGGCGCUGGAGCGGGCCUCGCCAGCCGCCACCGCCGCCGCGGCCGAGGCGCGCGAAGCCGCCGCCAAGGACCUCCAAGAUUUUCCCGACCAGCCCUCCUGGGUGUGUGGAGGGCGCCUGCACAAGCACCAGCUGGCGGCUGUCAACACGCUGCGCCAGCGCUGGGCGGGGGCCGGCACCCUGCUGCUUGCGGAUGACUCGGGACUGGGCAAGAGCACCUCCUUCAUCGCCUUUAUUCAGUCCCUGCGGCGGGAGCUGAAGCAGGCAGGACCGGUGCUGGUGGUGGCGCCGUCGAGCCACGUGGACAACUGGGCGAGCAACUGGGAGUUCUGGGCGGAGCCGGGCACCAACGUGGUGUCCUACAUGGGCAUGUCGGCCGCGCGCACGCUCAUCCACGACCACGAGCUGUGGCUGUCGCCCGAGUCGCUGGACAGCAAGUCCAGCUUCUGGCUCAAGCAGGGCCUGCCCUCCAGGGUGGCCAAGCCGGACGUGGUGGUGGCGAGCUACGAGGCGCUGGUGAGCGACGCGGCGUCGCUGCGGGCACUGCCGUGGGACGUGAUCGCCAUCGACGAGCGCACGCGGCAGCAGUCCACGCUGCUGCGCGCAUACCAGGCCCUCUCCGCCUUCGACUCCCGCUCCCGCGCCAUCGUCGCCCACCCCAGCCUCCUCAACUCGGGGUCUGUGGAAAAGCUGAAGCAGGCAGUGGGCUUCCUGGAGGAUGCGCAGGACGUCGGCGAGCUGCUGGACGCCGACUUUGACGAAAUGGAGGAGAUGCAGCAGGUGGAGCUGCUGCGGGGGUGGGUGCGCGGGCGGGCGCUGAGCCGCAGCAAGGCGGAUGCCGGCCUGGCGGUGCGCGGCGGCUGCGAGGCGCGCGUGCCGCUGCAGCUGUCGGAGGCGCAGCUGGAGUGCUACCGCGACGUCCUCGCGCGCCGUUUCGACGUUCUAGCCGACCCGAAGCGGCCGCGGCACUCUGCGCAGCGCACCUCUGAAAUGCGCGCCCUCUGCGCCGAGCUGCGCAAGGUGUGCAACCACCCGUACCUGCUGCACCACACGCGGCCGGAGGAGGAGGAGGACUGCGAGGUGGUGGGCGUCUCCACCAAGUGGCAGCUGCUGGACCGCCUCGUGCCGCGCCUGCAUGCGCGCUCCCACCGCAUCGUGCUCCUCUCCCAGAGCCCCAAGGCCCUCGACCUCGUCCAGGAGUGGGCGACGGCAAAGUGGGGCGCGGAGUGCUACGAGAGGAUAGACAACAGCGUGCCAGCCGCGCAGCGCCACGCAACCGUGCAGCGGUUCAAUGAGGAGGGCAGCAAAGCGUUUCUGUUCCUGCUGUCGGCGCGCGCGUGCGGCCUUGGCAUAGACCUGCCCACAAUCAGCGCGAUCAUCAUCCUGGAUUCCGACUGGAAUGCCAAGGCGGACGUGCAGGCGCUCAGCCGCGCGCACCUGCUGGGUCCCCCGGCCGGCGCGGGCGGACCCUUGCGGCUGCUGCGCCUGUUCAUGCGCAACAGCGUUGAGGAGAAGAUCCUCACCCUGGCCGAGCGCAAGGGCGGCAUCGCCGCCGCCUUCCGGCCCGGCUCUGCCGGCGGGAACGGGGCUUCUGCGAGGGGACCAUGGCUACUGGAAGAAAUCUUGCGAUGGGGCACAUCGACGCUCUUCAACCCACACCCAGCGCAUCCCCCGCACCAUUCCCAGGACAAUCAUCCUCCUCCAGGGGAGGCGCCCAAGCCUGACCCCAAGCCAGAGUCAGGAGCUGCAGAACAGCCUGCUGCAAUGGAGACUGACGGGGAAGCAAAGCCAGCUGACCGAGCCGCCGAAGGAGACAAGGGCAGCAAUGCAGAUAGCACCCCGGAGGCAGGGCAAAGCAGUAAGGAGGAGCCGGCCCCAGUGAUGAACGAGGCUGCGGCGUACACCGAUAAAGCGCUGGAUGCCCUCAUCCGCUGGGGAACCUGCGCAGCAGGCGAGGACGCCAGCUCAGGCUCCUCCGAUAAGGCGGAUGUGGCAGGCAAAUCAGAGCAGAGCUCUACUGAUGGCAAGGCAGAGCCUCAGGCAGCCCCCAGCACACUGUCAGGUCCCGGGCUGGAGGAAGUGGUCGUCCGGCAGUGGAGCAGCCAGGACACCUCGUCCUACGGCUCAGCAGGCGAAGACGAGGAUGAGGAGGAUGACGGCGAGACUGAUGACGGGGAUGCCACGCGCUAUACCGGCGCGGCGUCCGCGGCCACCUACUGGGACGCGCUGCUGCGGCAGCACUGGGAGCAGCUGGAGAAGGAGGAGGGCGCUGCCCAGGGGCGGCUGGAGAGCAGCGCGCAGAGCUAUGGGGAGGAGGGCGAGGAUGGAACGCUGGAUGCCACGGCAGGGCUGGACCUGGGCAGCGCACGGGGGUCGGAGGAGGUGCCAAGCGUGGGGCGCGGGCGGCUGCCGAGCCGGCGAGGUGAGCUGCUGGGCAAACGCGAGCGGCGCAAGCGGCGCAUGGACGACGCUGACGAGGACGACCUCAACUCCCUCGACGAACCCCCCGAGGCCACCAAGAAGCGCCGCCGCGCAGGCAUGGAGACGCCGACGGCGGUGGUCGGCGGUGCGGAGGCGCGGCUGAUGAAGCGGGAGUGGGCGCGGUACGAGGGCAUGCUGGGCGCCAUCGGCGACCCCUCUACUCCUGAGUCCUACGUCGCCAAGCGCGCCCACAAGCGCCUCGCCCAGCUCGCCGCCGACCUUAAGCUCUCCUCCAUGGGCGUCGUGGAGCUUGCCAACCAGGCGGCAGAGGUGCUGCUGAUGAUGCGGCCGGAGGGGGAGGCCUCGAGCGACUUCCAGGAGUACACGCUCGUGGCGCUCUUCUCCCUGGCCGCCCACCUGGCCGGCGGCGUGGCCGCAGAGACCGCCUCCCUGCCCGCGAUGGCCCGCUACUACAAGCAGGACCUUGACGUGCUGCAGCAGGUGUACGACUACAUCAUGCAGAGCCUGGCCAAGUACCGCAACAUGUACAUGGACGUGGCUGCGCUCAUGCGCAGCGGCCAGCCGGCUCCGGACCUGCACGCGCACCACGACUUGCUCGCCUCCCACCUGCCGGCCAGCGCCCAGGGGCUGGGCCGGGACGGCUAUGGCGCAGACGCGGCCCACGACCCGCGCAACUCAGAGGACACAUUCAACCUGAAGCUGAAGACCAUCGUCAACGCCGACUACACCGAGCUCGCGCUCGCCGCCGGGCCGCUCGACAUUGCCGGCCAGGUGCCGAUGCUGCCGCUGCCGCCGCCGCACGUGGAGCGGAGUGCGGCGCUGCUGGGCGAGUACGAGUCGGUGGCGCGGCAGAUCCGCCAGUCCUGCCACCAGGUCGCCCUCCUCGACCGCAUCCACUCCAUCAAGGUGAAGCAGAUACAGGAGGAGUACCAGGCGUACAUGGAGGGCGUGCGCGCGACGGCGCAAGGCGCCAUAGACCAGGCCAACGCGCUGUUCCAGGCGCUGCGCCAGGACGCCACCCACACCCUCGACAACGCCAUCCACUACCUCCAGUCCCGAUUCUUCGCCAUGCAGGGUCGGCCAGGAGAGGCAGCCAACGGCGCGGUGGCAGGAGAGGGCGCAGGGGAUGCCGGCGCAGACAAGGCAGGUGCCAUGCCGUCCUACAGCGCAGGGGUGGGGCAGCUUCAACGGGCUGAGGAGGACGCUGCGCGCCAGGUCACCAACCUCGCCGGCCUCAACCCGCAGCAGUACUGGGCGCCGCUGGUGGCCAAGUCAGGUGGAAUGGCGGACGCGACGACGCAGGCGGGCGGCUUUGCGGGCGGCCAGGGCCUCGCGACCAGCACGGCGGUGGCGGCCGGCAGCCAACGGUCCCCCACCUUCCGGGCCCCCCUGCCUGCCCAGGCCAAACCUCAGGGCCAGGUAGCCGGGGCGCCGGCGAAGGGCCCGACGACGGGGGCGGUGGGAGGCGGCCCCGGCUGGUCGUUUCCGCCAUUCUCCACGCCGCUCUCUGGCACCUCCGGCUUCGGCAGCCAUCAGAAUUUCCUGCAGCCGCCCUCCGCCGCCCCUCUGCAGCAGCAGGUGGUGCUGGCGCGACAGCUGGCGAACCAGCCGUCGCAGCUGCCCCUGCAGCGGCUGACGUCGGAGCAGAUGCAGCAGCUGCAGCUGCAGGUCCAGGACCACCACCAGCGCCAACGCCAGGGGGCCCCGAACAGCGUGCAGACGGGCGCAGGUGGCGGCCUGAGCACGCCGGAGCAGUCGUGGAUACAGGGCUACAACCAGCUCAUAGACAGCGCUGCAGCCCGGCCCGCCGCAGACCCCCGCUUCGGCUUUGGUAACCUCUCGCAGCUGCAUGCACAGGCCCAGGAGGCGCAGCAGCAGCAGGAGAGCCAGGCGGCAAAGGAUGCAGCGCUGUCCGGCAGCACCGGCCUGGACCUGGCAUCGCUCAGCAGGAUAGCUGUCAAGCCUGCAUCGGCAGCUGCUCCCCCUGUCCAGCAGCAGCCUCUGCAGCAACAGCAGCACCAGCAGCAGUUGGGUGCCCUGGCUGCCUCCUCGGCCCAGGAGUCCCAGGCAAUGGCCGCCCUGUACGCCGGCAUGGCCACGAGCCAGGCGCUGGCGGCCAGCAUGGCGGGUCCUAGUGCGCGGCCGAUGGCCCCCCAGUCUGUGAUGCUGCCAGGCCAGCAGCAGGCGGCCAGCAGCAACGGCUCUGCCCUGGCCACGCCCCCCACAGGCGACCAGUCCAACGUUCGUGUGGACCCCCUCGGCCGCCCCACCUCCAUCGACAAGGAGCACCAGGUGCUGCUGGAGGCGACGGCGAAGGGCAGCUUUGGGGCGCGCAUGCCGCGGAACCAGCCGUCGGCGAUGCUGCAGUCAGGCAUAAUGCGCGGCGCCGGCGGCCACCUGCAUGCCGACCCGGGCGCCCACCGCGGCCGAACCCACCCGGGCCCCGUCCCCCACCCCAAGCCCAUCGCCACCGGCGCGAGGGGACCCAUGCGUGGCAGGAUGGACGGCGCCGGCGAGUUCUCUCCGCACAGCGCAACGGCGCGCGACUCUGCAACCUCGCGUGACGCCGUCGCAGCCGCCUUUGCUGGCGGAGCCUACGACGGCUGGAAAGCCGCUGCGCCGCCGGCUGGCCUGCCCCAGCAGCAGCAGCAGCCGCGGAUGGGCACGAACCCAGCGCUGGCGGCGGCGCUGCAGAUGGAGAGCGCUGCGCAGAUGGCCGGCAGCCCCAGCAUGGCAAACUCGCGCUCACCCUCCCCUUCUGCCCAGCAGGUGCAGGGGUCGGAGCGACUGGGGCUGGCGGCGCAGCAGCGCGUGGCAAAGGCGGUGGUGCAGACCGGGGAGCGGCCGGACUUUGAGCGCGCGACGUCCAGCGGCGCUCCCGCGCGGCCGGGGCCCAUCACCAGCGGCGUCCCCCAGCACCGCCUGGACCAGCCCGCCUUCCGCAUCAGCGCCCCCUUCCUCGACGCCCCCCUUCCCGUCCCCGCCCAGGAGUACCAGGGGCCGCGGAAGACCUCUUCGCCGGCGACGGUGACAGUGCAGCUGGCGCAGGCGUCCGUGCCCAUCGCCGCUCCGCCGCCGCAGCGCCAGCUGCAGCAGCCGCCGCCCCGGCCCGAUGCCGCGCCACAGCCGCAGCCGCAACUGCAUCCGCUGCCGGCGGAGCAGGCGGCGCUCGACUGGGGGCGGCUGCCCGCAGAGGCGGUCGCAGCGGCCAAUAUGGCGCGCGCCGCAGAGAGCGCGGCGGCGGCGGCGCCGCGGCCGCAGGCGCAGCCGAGCUUCAUGGAGCAGCUCGCGCUGGCCGACCAGGGCGUCGAUGCGCCGAUGGCCGCCCCCGGCCAUCCGGGCGCGCAUCCUCCGAGCGCGGCCGAGCGGCCCAGAAAUGAGGGGCUCCCUCAGCGGCCCGAUGCGCCAGGCGCGCAGUUGCCUGACCUGGCUGUCCAGCAGCAGCAGCAAUCGCAGCACUUCUAA